AUGGGCCGUGAAGCAGAAGAUGUCCUGGCGUCGCUCAAACUUUCUGACGCUGAGAAACUCAACUACGACGCGGUAACACGAGCGUUCGCAAAACAUUUCGUGCCGCAGACGAACGCGAUAUACGAGCGGGCGAAGUUCAACAGCCGGAAGCAAGAAGCGCAUGAGUCAGUCGACGCGUUCGUAACCGAACUCUACCGACUGGCCGAAACCUGCGAGUACGGAGAUCUCAUAGAAGAAUCGAUCCGCGACAGGCUCGUGGCCGGCCUUGCAGACACGCAGCCAAGCGAGAAGCUGCAACUUGACGCCGAGCUGACUCUUGAAGCCGCCGUCACCGCUGUACGCAACUCUGAAACGAUCAAGCUGCAGCAAAAAGAUCUACGGCCGCAGCAACAGGUGCCUGCUGCUGUUGACACCAUGCGUGGAUGUUCGAAGAGCAAAAGAAAGCCAAAUCAGCGCUCUCAAAAAACACAGCGCGACCAAACUGUGCCGACGUGCAAGUGGUGUGGCUCAACAACGCACCCACCAUCACGCACUAUGUGCCCGGCAAACGGGAAAAUAUGCAGUGCCUGCGGCAAAAAGGGACACUUUGCCGCCGUGUGCUUAUCUGCCUCUGAAAGGAAGAAAAAGAGCACCCCCAAGCUGUUUUGGAAGAGGUUUACUUGGGUCAAUUGA